AUGCCCGCCCACUCCGUUGGUCAUACUGAAUCCGACACUGUGUCUGUUCAUCAACCCGACCAUGUAAAUGUCGACCCAAAAACACCCGCCCAGCAAACGUCCAGCGUCCCUACGGAUGGGCGUGAAAUCACACCGGCAAAAUGGGGAAUCGGGUGGCAGUGCCCCGCCAUGAUGGUUGGCCCUGUGAUCUGCGGCGCCCUUUUGGCAGUCGGCCAUCACCUGUACUAUGACAGCCUCAACGACACGCGUGUCCACUCGAUUAACCAGCAGACUUGGGCGAUUCGAAUUGGAACAGCCUUUGCAUUUCUAAUACGGUCCUUCCUGGUUGCUGCCGUUGGAGUCGCAGCGACGCAGGAGCUUUGGGCGACGCUGCGCAAGAAGAGUAUCCGGCUCUAUGGAAUUGACAGCAUGUUUGCGGUCAUGGGCAGCCCGCUUGCGCUCCUCACGUGGGACGUCUGGGUUUACGCGAAGACACUGACUCUUCUCGCAAUCCUCGCUUGGCUCAUCCCCCUAACCGCCAUCGUUACCCCGGCCACCCUCUCAGUCCGCCUCCUCACAACAUUCAACACCACCCAACUCCAUGUCCCGAAUGUCGACUUUGGUAGCCAGUCCUUCUGGUACGACUGGGUAACCUUUGGUGGAGUGGGCUACAUCUCGGGGCCAUCUCCCGACAUCAGCCGUCUCUUUGCAGCGACGACUUCGGCGAUCAACAUGCUCACCAUCCCAGCACCUUUUCCCAACUCGUCCUACACCCUUGACUUCUGGGCUCCCUCUUACAAAUGCCAAAGCCUCAGCGAUGCCAUCACGGAGAUGCAGGGGAUGACAUUCACGCAGGAGUUCGGUGACAACUACACCUCGCUGCAAGCCCUGUGGGACGCGGAGAUGGAGACCAACUCGACCGUUGCUCAGACGGAGCUGUACACGGGGGCGGUCCCGUAUUUGCUCAACAACACCUUCUUCAUCCGCACCUCGGGCGAGAACCCGCUCUCAGAAACCGGACCAGAGCUCGUCUGCCGCAUGUACAACACCUCGUACAUAAUCAACCUCAACUUCACCGACGGCACAGAGUCUCUCACCCCGAUCGCUGUCUCGCCACUCAACCCGGCAAACUGGACUUUCUCGGAAGGCCAACUUUCUUCUGUUCCCCCCCUCACUGGGAUCAAACCGGAACCCGCUUACACCCCAAACAGCGGCUUCCACGUCACGCACCUUCUCUUCGGGGGCCUCCUCCAGCGCCGCGUGCGAGCUGGCGCCACGAGCAACCUGGUCCAGGAAUCCGACUCCGAUGGGUGGGGCGACAGCACGUCUAUCACGCAAUCGGGCCUCUUCUCCUGCCCGGAGAUCUGGAAUAGCACGAUCUACGGAAGCCUAUCACUAACCGGCAGCCCUACGCCCGCGCAGUGUCGCAAGGGGACGCUCGCGGCCGCGAUCGAGGACCUCUCGCAUAAUUUUACGUAUAGCCUCUUCAGCCUCAAUGCCGCCAACACGAGCGUGCCGGUCUUUGCGUCCGAACCGCAGAACUUUUACACCUACAAUUAUCGGAACCUGGCUGCUGCCUAUGCGGCUGCCGUGGGCGUCACUGUCGCGUGUGUCGCUGUUGGGUUCUCGGCGCUGGUGAAGAAUGGUGUUCCGCAGAACUCGGCAUUCUCGAUUUUGUAG